GCUAUUCUGGAAUUGUAUACUGUCCGUGGGGAUGAGGUGCAAAGCGCUGCGACGUUGGAUACACAACAACUGCGUGAGGCCCCACGCGUAAUCCUAUUCGCAGAUUUCGUAGGACACAUCCCAACUACGAGCACCCGCAGAUCAUGUUCUAUGAUGACCGGAUAGUGUCCUGGAAUACUGAUAUAGGAGCCGUACGACCGCAUUUCCUAGGAUUGUGUCCCACUAACACAAGUUCUCCGAGAUCGCAAUGUCCUCUACCACACCCACAGUUUGGCUCGUGUCAGGAGCUAACAGAGGCAUCGGGCUCGGUCUCGUAACUGAGCUUGCGGCUCGUCCCGAUACAAUCGUCUUCGCGGGUGCACGCAGCCCGUCCUCCGUCGAUGCGCUGCAGGCCCUCGUGACCGAGCAUCCUGGGAAGGUCCACAUAUCGGAGCUCAUAUCUGGAGACGUGGAUGGGAACCGUGCUGCUGUGAAGGAGGUCGAACGUAUUGCCGGGAGACUGGAUGUGGUGAUUGCGAAUGCGGGUAUAUGCGACUUCAUGGGCCCUGCAAUGGAGACCAGUCCGGAGGUCAUGAAAGAACAUUUUGAGGUGAACGUGGUUGGCACGCUUGUUCUCUUCCAAUGUACCUACGCGCUUAUCUCUCGUUCGAGCCCGCAGCCAAAGUUCAUCCCCGUCUCGAGCGGCGCUGGGAGCCUUAAGGAUGGCACACGCUUCUUCCUCCCCGUCAUGGCCUACGGGGCGAGCAAGGCCGCGGAGAACUAUCUCGCGAGGAGGCUGUGGUUUGAAUAUCCUAAUCUGAUCUGCUUUCCCAUCUCUCCUGAAGCGGUCAAAACUGACCUGCCGACCAAGGCUCUCAUCGCCAAUCCGCGUGUCGCCGACGAUCCGCGCCUUGCUGCCCUCCCUUUGCAGUCGGUCGAAACCGUCGCCAGCGAUAUAUUGAGGAGGGUGGAUGAAGCUGUUCGAGGGGGCGAGGAGGGCCCGGGGUUCGUCAAGUCGGAUGAUGGAUCCGUGAGGGCUUGGUAA